AUGGCUAUACUUUCACUCGAGAAGGAUAGCGAGGGCCAGCUUCGGUUUCCCGGCUGUUCCAACAUUCGCGACUUUGAAUUCAUCGGCAAACUUGGCGAGGGGACUUUCGGGGAGGUCUACAAAGCGAGAUCCAAGAAGGACAACUCGAUUGUGGCCUUGAAGAAGAUCCUCAUGCACCAUGAGAAGGAAGGGUUUCCCAUUACGGCGAUUCGUGAAAUCAAACUCUUGAAAGCGCUCUCUCACGUCAAUAUAUUGCAACUCAAGGAGAUGUCGAUUGAGCGGAGCAAGGGCGAAGGACGCAAAAAGCCCAGCAUGUACAUGGUCACCCCUUACAUGGAACAUGACCUAGCAGGACUUUUAGAAAACCCUGCUGUUCAGUUCACGGAGCCACAAAUCAAGUGCUAUUUGUAUCAGCUGCUGGAGGGCUUGCGGUACUUGCAUGCGAACCACAUCCUGCACCGAGACAUGAAAGCUGCCAAUCUCUUGAUCAGCAAUGGGGGCAUCCUCCAGAUCGCCGACUUCGGUCUUGCACGACCCUUUGAUGAGCCUGCCCCACAACCCGGAAAAGGCGGCGGAGAGGCUAAAAGAGAAUAUACCGCGCUGGUUGUUACGAGAUGGUACCGUCCACCAGAGUUGCUACUGCAACUCCGGCGGUAUACGUCCGCCAUUGACAUGUGGGGAGUCGGGUGUGUGUUUGGUGAGAUGUUCAAGGGAAAACCGAUCCUUUCCGGCAGCAGUGAUCUGAAUCAAACUCAACUCAUCUUCUCGUUGGUGGGAACUCCUACGGAAGAGAACAUGCCCGGGUGGAGUUCGCUUCCAGGAUGCGAUGGAGUGAAGAACUUUGGGUACAAACGAGGAAACCUUGCCGAAGUAUUUAAAGAGCAAAGCCCCGUGGCCGUUUCACUCCUGACGGAGCUUCUCAAGCUUGACUGGCGCAAACGCAUCAAUGCAAUUGAUGCUCUGAAACAUCCCUACUUUACCACACCUCCCCUUCCCGCGAAACCCGGAGAGAUCCCCCGUUUCCAAGAUUCCCACGAACUGGAUCGAAAGAAAUUCCGCGACCAGCGAGCUCCUAUGCCUCCGGCGCCGGCAAUGGGCUCCUCCGAUGCUCCCUCCACCGGAGGAUGGGCCGGGCCCGGCUCGAGGCCAGACUCCCGAAACAGCCAUCACAGUCGGAUCCCGGGGGCCGCCCGCGGCGGCCGACCAAACGGCCCAGGGGGCGCCAACCGACGGGGUCCCUUUGCGCCCCAACAGCGAGAGAGCGGGCUUCCUCCGCGGCCGCCGUCUGCGGCCCAUCAGCAGUGGGAGGGGUCGCAGGCCGGCAGGACCGACAGGACCGACGGACGAGAUGACCAGCGGCGAGACCGGUUCAACCAAGGUCGGCCCAGUGGAAGAUUUCCCCAAGGCAGCAAUGUUGACUCGUAUGUUCCGAGCUAUGGGGGCAAUUCUCACGAUCGUGGUCGAGAAGCCGGUGACUACAACAACUCUCAAUCCAAUCAGGAUUGGCGUGGGGCAAACCGGCGUGACUUUCGCCGCGACCCUCCCCGGAGAAGGAGCCGGAGCCCUGGCUUUAGAGAUGCGGGCAAAGAGUGA